CGAUAGUUGCGGAGGCAGGCGGUGGGGCUGGCGAAAGAUCUCAUUGUCUUACCAGGAGCCAUGGUGUCCGCAACUUCUGUUAUCUUCUUCUUCUUCGGCCUCUCCGUCGUACUGUCGCUGACGCCGUCGGAAUGGGACAUGGCGUGGAUGAAUGCAGAAGCUAAGUGUGAACACUUGAUGAAAAUGAAAUCUGUUGACAAGAAGACUCUCAUUACAAAACUGAACGAUGUUCCACGGAGAGCUAAAUGUUUUGUCAGCUGUUUCUUCGACGAAGUUGGGCUUACUAAUGGUACAGAAAUAAACGACGAACUGUACACAGGAUGGUUACAAGAAGAGCUGGCUCAUUCCAAAAACAAAAAUGCCAUAAUCAGUUCUGUAAAGGAAUGCGUUGCCGGAAUAAAGAAAAUAGAAAAAUGUGAAACGGCGUUUUCCCUCUAUGAGUGCUUUGGAAAAAGGUACUUUACAUGAAAGGGACAAGACGAGACCAAACCCAUAUUAAGAAAUUUUACGUGUCUAAAAUGUCUAUACGAUGUAUACAUGAGUUUUGUAUUGCUAUUAUAUUUGUACAGAUUAAAAAAAGUUACCAUUAUGCAUUAUCAAAAAAAGUAAUGGAAAUAAAAAUAAUGUAAAAAUUUAC